AUGGCCGACGACACACAUCCACCCAAUGCACCGCCACUCUUCCGCUUCCAGGGUCGCCGCAGCGUCGUGCACAGCACCCGUGGCAUCGUCGCCUGUACGAGCCCGCUCGCGGGCCAGGCCGGCCUCCAGAUCCUGCAGGCGGGAGGCAAUGCAGCCGAUGCCGCCGUCGCUGCCGCCGCUGUUCUUGCUGUGGUCGACCCGUCCAUGACCGGCAUCGGCGGUGACGUGUUCAGCCUCUUCUAUGAUGCCACCACGGACACAGUCAAGGGCCUGAAUGCUUCGGGUCGCACGCCCAUGGCCGCCACGCGAGAGAUGGUGUGCCAGGCCAUCGGCGUUGCUGCCGAUGCUGAUGGUAGCGUGGACGAGCGAGCGGCCGCCGGCACGACCAUACCGUCGCUAUCAAUCCACACGGUCACUGUGCCGGGUGCUGCAGCCGGCUGGGUCGAUACGAUCGAACAGUUCGGCUCAGGCAGGCUGACGUUGGCCCAGAUCCUCGACCCGGCCAUCCGGCUGGCCGAACAGGGCUUUCCUGUCGGUCGCCUGUCGGCCUACUACUGGGCCAUGACCGAGAAUGAUUUGCGCACGCGGUCGCCCGACAACGCUGGCCGCGAGCUUCUCAAAGCCGAUCCCUCCAUGGCGGAAAAGAGCGGUUUUCGUGCUCCACGUGAGGGCGAGAUCUUCCGCUGCCCAGAACUGGCCGCCACACUUCGCCGCCUGGCCGCACACGGCAAGACUGGCUUCUAUCAAGGCCCCGUUGCGGAGGCCAUCGUGGCCGUAUCGCAAGCCAAGGGCGGACUCCUCAGCCUGGCCGAUCUCAAGCAUCACGCCGACCAACCUCCUGAUAUUGCCGAGGCCCUCUCCACUCCCAUCGGCAGCGGUGGUCUCCGUCUGUGGGAGCACCCCCCUAACGGGCAGGGCAUUGUGGCGCUGCUGGCCGCCGGCAUCCUGCAGGAACUGGAGCGUACCGGCAAGAUCCUUCCGUUGGCCAGCAUGGGCCACAACUCUGCCGCUUACCUACACACCAUCCUGAGUGCCCUCCGCAUUGCUUUUGCCGAUGCUGGCUGGCAUGUGGCCGAUCCUGCUGCUACAGCUGCCACCUCGCCAGACUAUCUCGACCCUCGCCGGCUGCUUGACCCGGAAUACCUCGCGGCUCGUGCCAGGCUCUUUGUCGCUGACCGCGUACUGGGCGUGCUUGAGCAUGGCAUUCUGAGCAGUAACGAUGACGAAGACGACGAUGACGACGAUGACGACGCUGGUGCGCUGGUCGAGUCGAUGCCCUUGACCGAUACCGUCUAUCUGGCAGUCACCGACGAGGCCGGCAAUGGCUGCUCUUUUGUUAAUAGCGUGUCGGACCGCUUCGGCUCCUGUAUUGUGCCUAAGGGUACCGGCUUCGCCCUGCAGAACCGCGCCCGCAUGUUCCGUCUAGGCCCUGUCAACCACCCCAACAUCUACGCCGGCGGAAAACGAGCCUACAACACCAUCAUCCCGGCCAUCCUGACGGAAGACACUCCUGCAACCGGCGGAAAGUCCGACCACAUAACGCACCACCGUCUCCGUGCUGUCUUUGGCGUCAUGGGUGGUCUCAUGCAGCCCCAGGGCCACCUCCAGGUCCUGCUCAACAUGCAGACCUUUGGAUUUGAUCCCCAGACUGCUCUUGACGCUCCACGCAUCUGUAUAGGGGCUGACCUCUUUGCGGCGGCGCCUGCCGAAUCUCUGGUACCUCUAUCCCGCAGCCAGAUAGUCUACGUCGAAGAAGGCGUGCCGAAAGACGUCGUUCAAGAGCUGCGCCAGCGCGGUCACCACAUUCGCUACCUCAGCGGCUAUUCCCGGUCGUUGUUUGGCCGAGGCCAGGUCAUCCAGGUCAACCACGACACAAUCACAGGCCAGAGAGUGUAUGCCGCAGGGAGCGACCCCAGAGGCGAUGGACAUGCUGUGCCGCUGCUGUAA